AUGUAUUCCAGCUCCCUCAUUCACAGUCCCAGCCGUGCUCAUAGUGCCUCGUCACUGCGCGAUCAGAUCCGCAGUCUUAGGUCAGAGCUCUCGGCAAGGAACGAGGAUUGUGCACAGCUCCGCCUCGAACUUGAAGAGAUCAGGAACAUGAAAGCUGUGAAUGAGGCCAUCUUGCGUGAUGGCCUCAAUCGUGCGAGAAAAGAAACUGCCACGUGGAGUCGGAGGGCCGAGAGGGCCGAGAGGAAAAUUGACGAUUUCGAGUGCCGGGCCAUGCACACUGAAAAUCACCGUCGCGAUGAACAGAUCGAGGCAGGAGAUGGCUACUCUUUUGACAGCGGCUCGGACCAUAUUGAUGUUUCCCAGGCCCAGGCCCGGUCAGUCGGUGCGAGGAUGAACCAGGGCAUCAGGAGGGCAAAGUCGAACACCUUUGCUGGUGUUGAUGGUGCGAACUGCGCUGAUGAUGAGUUCUCGGAGUGUUCUUCGAGCACGGUGGUGAGAAAUACUAGUAGCGCUGGCGAGGAUGAUGGCGCGACUGGCAGUGGGCUCUGGAGCGCGGAGGACGAGGAUGUCAGCUUCCCCUCCCCUGGGUUGAUGGAUGAGUAUUUGUGA